UCCAGCAGGGCAGCCGGCAGAGCAGGACCCUGUAGCAUCCGAGAGGCACAGCACACCUGUACAUCUACCUCAAUAAGAACAGAGAACAAGGAGACAGGGACACCUCUGUCCUCGCCACACAUGGAAGCGCGCCUCCAGCCCACACUGGUCCUGACUACCCUAAGUGCCUCCUUCGGCUCAGUCUUCCAAUAUGGCUACAACAUCGCCGUGAUCAACACACCUCACAAGGUGGGCACAAGCAACGGAUGGGGUCCUGUCUUUCAGGUCCUGAAGUCGUUUUACAAUGACACGUACUUUGAGCGACACGGAACGUACAUGGAUGAGAAUACCCUGCUGCUCCUGUGGUCUUGCACGGUCUCCAUGUUCCCUCUGGGAGGGUUGCUGGGGUCCUUGGUGGUGGGCCUGAUGGUCAAUAAGUGGGGCAGAAAGGGAACACUGUUGAUCAACAAUGUCUUCGCUAUAACCUCUGCCAUCCUGAUGGGAGUCAGCAAAGUGGCCCGGGCUUUUGAGCUGAUCAUCUUGUCUCGAGUGCUGGUGGGAAUCUGCGCAGGCAUCGCGUACAGUACCCUUCCCAUGUACCUGGGAGAACUGGGUCCCCAGAACCUCAGGGGUACAUUAGGGACAAUGACAGAGGUAUUUGUCAUCACUGGAGUCCUCUUGGCUCAGAUCUUCAGCCUGCAGGCCAUCCUAGGCAAUGCCACAGGCUGGCCAAUCCUCUUGGCUGUCACAGGAAUCCCUGCACUGAUUCAGCUCCUCUCUCUGCCCUUCUUCCCUGAGAGCCCCCGCUACACUCUGAUUGAGAAAGGAGACGAGGAGACGGCAAGACAAGCUCUAAGGAGGCUUCGAGGUCACAACUACAAUGUGGAGGCCGAGAUGGAAGAAAUGCGUACAGAGGAGCGUACCGAGCGAGCCGAGGGUCGCCUGUCCGUGCUCAACCUCUUCACCUUUCGGCCCCUGCGCUGGCAGCUGAUCUCUAUCAUAGUGCUCAUGGCGGGCCAGCAACUGUCCGGGAUCAACGCGGUCAACUACUAUGCAGAUAUCAUCUACACCUCGGCUGGUGUGGACCCCACCCAGUCUCAGUAUGUAACCCUGGGCUCUGGCGUCAUCAACUUGGUGAUGACUAUCGUCUCGGCUGUCAUCGUAGAGCGUCUGGGGCGGCGGAUCCUCCUGCUGUCUGGCUAUGGUAUCUGUGGCUCUGCCUGCCUGGUGCUGACGGUGGCACUCCUCCUUCAGAGCACGGUCCCGGAGCUGUCUUACCUUGGCAUCAUCUGCGUCUUCGCCUACAUCGUGGGACAUUCCAUAGGGCCCAGCCCUGUCCCCUCGGUGGUGAGGACAGAGAUUGUCCUGCAGUCCUCUCGGACGGCCGCAUUCACAGUGGACGGGGCUGUGCACUGGCUCACCAACUUCAUCGUGGGCUUGACGUUUCCAUCCAUCCAGGUGGCCAUCGGGGCCUACAGCUUUCUCAUCUUUGCUGGCGUCUGUCUCCUCACUGCCGCUUACAUCUACGUGGUAAUCCCUGAGACAAAGGGCAGGACAUUCGUAGAGAUAAACUAUGCUUUUGCCAAGAGGAAUGGAAUGGAGUUUCCAGAAGAGAAAGAAGUAACCACGGCCAAGCCUCACACACCUUCUCUGCCUACCAAGGCAACAUCCUUUUGAUGCCUCCGAGGACCCAUACAUAGCUCCUUCUCUGAGAAGGGCUCUUGAGAAUCAGGCCUUCAGGGAGGGUAACAGCUCUGACACUUUGGUGCUCCCAUAGCAACCGGAAGACUUUGGAGAACACAGCCCCGAUUUCCUUGGCGGGGGGGUGUUGACUUCACCAUGAGAGGGAUGGCAUAGGCUGAUGAGGACUUAUAUGAGUGUUGAUUGACAGGAGAUUCUAUGUUAAUUCCAAACCUUACAUGAGGUAUGGUGCUUUUUUUUUUUUUUUAAGCUAAAGCUUUACAAGUUCAGGGUCUUAGCUUCAUGUUACUAUAACAAAAUAACUGGGGCAAUUAACUGAUUUUAAAAAAAAGAUAGGUUGGACAGUAGUGGUGUAUGCCUUUAAUCCCAGCACUCAGGAGGCAGAGGCAGGCAGAUCUCUGAGUUCAAGGCCAGCCUGCUCUACAGAGUGAGUUCCAGGACAGCCAGGGCUACACAGAGAAACUUUGUCUCAAAAAUAAACAAACAAACAAACAAACAAAUAAGAAUAAAAGAUUAUUUGGG